UCCCGCCUCCCCGUGAGUCCGGGCGUUCGCAAGCUCGAGCUCAACCUCUCGUCCGAGGCACCCCACUCGCAUGUCACACUGCCUCCCUCCGCGUUCCCCGUUCUGGAAGAGCUGCACUGCAAACACCAAGACCUGCCAGCCUUCUUGCCAAAAUACCGCGAUAUCGUGUGACGUCCCAUCCACACAGUCGUGCUCGAUGAUGCAGGGUACGGCAGGGACGCAGAGUACGGCAUGGACGCCAGUCGACAUGCCAUGAGACAUGCACCCGACGACCCAGCGCACAUGUUCACCACAUUGCGGCGCGUGUUCGCGUCUCUGUCCCACUCCGCCAUCCCCAUGACACACCUCAGUUUUGCCAUAAAGGGCUUCAAGUUGCUAGACUUGCCCUCGCUCUUCCUCCCGCAUGGCAUUCAAGUCCUUGAGACUCUCACGAUCGUCAUAGACGGCGAACAACCCGACGUGCGUAUACUAGUACACGCUAGGAAAGCACUGUGCUUGCACCAGCUUUUACAGGACUUCUGGGUCUGCGAUGCGGCCGUCGCCUGCAUUCAUCCCGGUCCCGAUAGACAGCGUCCAGUUCAGACCGUGAUCUGCCGCUGAGCUG